AUAAAAUCCCCCCUCUUCGUAUCCACCGCUCGAUAACGCCAGCUUCCCCGCCUCCCACGAGCUUCUCCUUGACGCUCUCUGGCCCAGCUUCUAAUCUCGCCCGUUCGCUGCGUCUCACUCUCACUCUCUCUACGCCAUGCUCUCUUCUCUUCACCCUCUCCUUUUCCCUUCUUCUCUUCACCCUCUCCUUGUCAACCCUCGAGGACCAUGAUCCCCCCCCCGACGGCCUCUCUGCUGACGGGCGUCCUGGGCCUCGUCCUGGUCGCCCUCCCCUCCGUCCCCUCGGUGAAGAGUCUCCUCGUCCGCUGCACGCGUUCCAAGCUGCUCGAGGAUGUCUCGCGUCUGGCUCGCGACGAAUACAGCGAUGAGGACGGUGAGGCCACAGAGGAGUCGCUGCGUGCCUUCUCCGACCGCUGGCAGCGAUACUCGAUCGCCCUGUUGACCGUCGUCGGUUUGCUGCUGUCCAUCGCUCUGGCUGUCCUGCAUACCGUCUUUUCUCGCCACUUGCUCGUUCAAUUCUGGCUUCUCGCUGCUAUCUGGAUUCUUCUCACGGUUCAGGCCGUCGCUCUACUGACCGAGCCCUUUCCAACCCGUCGCUAUGCCCUGGCCGGUUUGUCCUUCUGGGCUUGCGUCUUUGCCAUCCUCACCCCAUGUGCUGAAUUCUAUAUCUUCUGGAACGCCGGGUUGUCUGUUUCGCUCGACAACCGCUCGACUGCCUUGCUGCUCGCUCAGCUGGGGGUCGUCGUGCUGCGCGCCCUGCUGUGCCUGUGUCUGCCGCGCCGCCCGCAGGUCUACAAGGACGGCGUGGUCGUCGACCAGCAGUUCUCCGGCUCGGCCCUCAGUCGGUAUACCUUCUCCUGGGCGACUCCCACCCUCAAGUACGCUGCCGCCCAUAGAUCGCUGGACAUCGACGCCCUGCCCACCCUCAACGCCGACACUCACUCCCACCUCCUCCGUGCCCGCUUCGAGCAGAGCCGCGGCUCCAGGAAGAACCUUUGGAUCACCCUCCUCGCUACCCAUUCCCCCACCCUGAUUCUGCAGCUCUGCCUCACCGUCUUUUCCUGUCUGCUGAGCUUCGCUCCGCAGACCGCCCUCUACGGCAUCCUCACCGCUCUCGAGGCCCGUGGAGACAGUCUCUGGGAGACCUGGGCCUGGGCCCUCGCCCUCGGUUUCUCCAUGCUGCUCUCCACCUCCGUCGAUGCCUGGCUUUUCUGGAUCUGCUGGUCCCGUCUGGGUGUCCCCAUCUACGCCGAACUCUCGGCCGUCGUCUUUGCCAAGUCCAUGCGUCGCAAGGAUGUCAAGGGGGCAAAGAAGGGCAAGGGAAACAAGAAUGAAUCCGACAAGAAGCUAGAGAACGGUACUUCCCGUGAGGAGGAAGACGGCGGCGAUGACGAUGACGAGGAGCAGAUGAAGAAGAGUCGCCAGAGCAUCAUCAACUUGGCCGCCGUCGAUGCCCGUCGCAUCGCUGACUUUGCCGCAUCCAACUUCAUGAUUCCCUCCUCGAUGCUCAAGAUCGUCAUCGCCUGUGUCUUCCUCAUCCAGAUCAUCGGCUGGAAAAGUCUAUGCGCCGGCCUGGCCGUCUCCCUCAUCGUCACUCCCGUCAACGUCCAGCUGGCCAAGCGCUACUCCAACGCCCAGGACAAUCUGAUGAAGUACCGUGACCUGAAGAUGGCCGUCGUCACCGAGGCCCUGCAGGGCAUCCGCCAGAUCAAGUUCUCCGCCCUCGAGCCCCAGUGGCAGCGCAAGAUCGGCGAGACUCGCAACACUGAGCUGAAAGCCCUCUGGGCCUCCUUCUUCUACGACAUUGGCCUCAUCACCAUCUGGAUCCUGGGGCCUCUGAUGCUCUCCGCCGUCUCCCUCGCCGUCUACGCCACCCUGAACGGCGAGCUCUCCGCCUCCGUCGCCUUCACCGCCAUGUCCAUCUUCGGUUCCCUCGAGAUGUCUCUCGCUUUCCUGCCCGAGCUCAUCUCCAACGGUCUCGAGGCCAAGAUCAGCUCCGACCGUAUCGACAAGUAUCUCGACUCUGAGGAGAAGGUCACCACCACCGUUCCCUCCGACUCCAUCGCCUUUGAGAAUGCCUCAAUCGCCUGGCCGGCCGAGGAGGAGUCGGAAGAAACGAAGGAUGGCACCAACGAGACUACCACCGAGAAUCACAAUCACGAUGAGGAACGCUUCACCCUGCGCAAUCUCAAUAUUCAUUUCCCCCAAAAGGGUCUCAGUAUCAUCUCCGGCCGUACGGGCGCCGGGAAGAGUCUGCUGCUGGCUUCGAUCCUGGGCGAGUGUGAUAUCCUCGACGGGACCGUCAAAGUGCCCGUGCCCAUGCCCCUCGAAGAACGGUUCGACGACCUGGCCAACACCGAAAACUGGAUCAUUGACCGGGCGAUCGCCUACGUUGCGCAGAUCCCCUGGAUCGAAAACGCGAGCAUCAAGGACAACAUCCUCUUCGGUCUCCCCUACAACGAGGCUCGCUACCGCAACGUGCUCUUCGCCUGCGCCCUCGAAAAGGAUCUCGACAUGAUGCCCGACGGCGAGCUGACCGACAUUGGCGCCAACGGCGUCAACCUGAGUGGCGGCCAGCGCUGGCGUAUCUCCUUUGCGCGCGCCCUCUACUCCCGCGCCGGGAUCCUCGUCAUGGACGACAUCUUCAGCGCCCUGGACGCCCACACGGGCCGCCAUGUCUACGAGCAUGCCCUCACCGGUCCCCUCGGCCAGAACCGUACCCGGGUCCUGGUCACCCACCACGUCGCCCUCUGCCUGCCCCGCACGGAUUACUCGGUCCUCCUCGAGGAUGGGCGGGUCAAGCACGCCGGCACCAUCGAGGACCUCAAGAAAACUAACAGUCUGGCUGACAUCCUGCGUCAGGAGGAAGAAGCCGAGCGCGUCGACCACACUGCAGACCAAGACCAGGACUUUAUCGACGAGGAAACUACCCUGCAAAAGGUCAUCUCAAACCGUUCCCGCCGCCGUAGCUCCGCCAUUCACGGCAACGGUACUACCCCCGCGACGACUGUUGAUACCGCCGCGCAUGCCGCGCCCAAGGACGACUCCAAGCCCAAAAAGUUCACGGAAGACGAGAAGCGUGAGACUGGUGCCAUCAAGCUAGCCGUCUACCUGGCCUACCUACGCAAGGGAGGCUCCUGGCCCUACUGGCUCCUGGUCAUUUCCGCUUACGUGGCGUACGUGACUUUAAUUGUCGGCAGAUCAUGGUGGGUCAACAUCUGGACCAGCCAUUCGCAGACACAGUCUGCCCCGGAGCAGUACCUGACAGUGAUGACGGAGGCGAUGAACCGCCUGGCCACCGUGGAGACAAGCGACGACUUGCCGCUCUACCUGGGUGUGUAUGUUGGCCUAUCGAUCCUCGCGUGCGGGAUGGGCACGGCGCGGUACUACCUGGUACUGUCGGCUGCGGUGCGGGCGGCGCGCAACCUGUUCGAGGGGCUGACGUUUGCGGUGCUGCGUGCGCCGCUACGCUGGCUGGACACGGUGCCGCUGGGCCGCAUCCUCAACCGGUUCACCGCCGACUUCCACGCGAUCGACUCGCGCAUCGGCUACGACAUUGGCUUUCUCACCUACAAGACCCUCGAGGUGAUGGGCAUCAUGGUCGCGGGCAUGCUGGUCUCGCCGCUGCUGAUCAUCUUCGCCACCAUCCUGCUGGCGGUGUCGUUGAAGCUGGCGCUGACGUACCUGGGCGGAGCGCGCGAGGUGAAACGGUUGGAGAGCACGGCCAAGAGCCCCGUCUUCGAGCAGUUCGGAUCCAGUCUCGUCGGCCUGAUCACCAUUCGCGCCUUCACCAAGGCCGACACCUACAUCAACAUCAUGUACGGCAAGAUCAACCGGCACGCGCGGGCCUGGUACAAUCUGUGGCUGUUCAACCGGUGGCUGAGCUUCCGGAUGAGCGUCAUCGGCGCCAUCUUCACGGUCGUCACGGCCUCGCUGGUCGUCUACUUGCCGGGAAUCAGCGCCUCGUUGGCAGGGUUCGCCCUCAGCUUCUCCCUGCAGUAUAGCGGCUCUCUAGCCAUGCUGCUGCGCCAGUGUGCCAACAUCGAGCUGAACAUGAACGCCACCGAGCGAGUGAUCGAGUACUCCAACAUUGAGAUCGAGAGCCAGGACGGCGCCGACGCCCCCGCCGCGUGGCCCACAGAGGGUCGCCUGGAGGUCGAGGACCUGGUCGUGGGAUACGCUCCCGAUCUGCCCGCCGUCCUGAACGGACUCUCCUUCACGGUGGAGAAGAACCAGCGGGUCGGGGUGGUUGGGCGCACGGGCGCGGGCAAGUCGUCGUUGACCCUCGCCCUGUUCCGGUUUCUCGAGGCCCGCAGCGGCACCAUCUCCAUCGAUGGCAUCGACGUGUCCAAGAUCAAGCUGCACGACCUGCGCAGCCGGCUGGCGAUCAUCCCGCAGGACCCCGUGCUCUUCUCCGGCACGGUGCGCUCCAACCUCGACCCGUUCAACGAGUACACGGAUUCAGAGCUCUACGAUGCCCUCGAGCGCGUGCAUCUCAUCUCGGCGAGCGAGAACGAAGCCCUCUCGCAGUCUGCUACCCCUGCGCCGGGCUCCGCGACGCCCGUCUCGGGUGCUGCCUCGACAGCAGCACUACUGGUCAAAAACACCAACAUCUUCGCGUCGCUGUCGUCCCGCAUCUCCGAGGGCGGGCUGAACCUCUCGCAGGGCCAACGGCAACUCCUCUGUCUUGCACGGGCGAUCGUCGCCCGCCCCAAAAUCAUGGUCCUCGACGAGGCCACCUCCGCCGUCGACAUGGAGACCGACGCCCUGAUCCAGCAGUCUAUCCGGGCCGAGUUUGGCCGCAACGCGACCACCCUGCUGGUCAUCGCGCACCGCCUCAGCACCAUUGCCGACUUUGAUCGCAUCCUCGUCAUGGACGCCGGCCGGGCGGCCGAGUUUGGCUCCCCGCGCGAACUGAUGGCCAUCCCGGAUGGCAUCUUUAAAAAUCUCGUCGAGAAUAGUGGCGAGAAGGCUGCUCUGGAGGAAACCAUUCUGAAUUGAUGUAUUAAAAUUGUGACCAUCCAUACUAACUAGAAUUAUACUAUUUAUUAUCCUCAGUAUCCCAUACUCCGUAUUCACAUCCAUACUCCGUACUAACAUCCAUACUAGCCGACAUCCAUACUAACUAACAUACCAACACCCCAAGUAAGUCAGAGACCAAGCGUCCGAAUGUAACAAGGUAAGUGCCGAACGCGUCUUUCAUCCUCCCCAGUCCAGACCCGCGCGAGCCCUUGAGCCAUCCAUGGAAGAACGGAGAGCCGCGCGCAGCUCUGGCGGGAAUAUCAAAAAGAGCACACUGGUUUCAUCAUUUGUGUAAAACUUGGAAGGAU